UUUAUGAGUUUUCUGUGAAUUAAAACUUCACUCUCUCACUUCUCGUGUCGCUCUGUCGUGCGCUGCAGUUCUCGCAGUGACCGGAUAGUGGCGCUGUUUUCACAGUUGGUGAACUACCUCUAUUUGGUCAAGGACUAUGUUGUAAAAAAUCUUUCAAACUGUUAAUUUUCACAGAUUGUUUGAGUCUUCUGGAGGUCUGCUCGGCGUUAAGGGGGUAUGUGUGACCGACUCUCCCUGAGGACUGUGUAUCCAGCCCGGGUUGGACUCUUUCGGACAGCUGCUUAGCGGUUUUCUGAUCUCUGACUGGAGGUUUUACUGCAAACCAAGUUAGCUCAACAGCUAAUCCUAAAAGUCACGUCACCUGUGCGGACUCGUAUUAAAAGUUUCACGGCAGACCCGGGACAGCCGGGUGACUUUGAACUAUAUGCGCGUACAAAACUUUGUCUCGAGUGUUUUUACGCGGGCUUCGUAUUUUUAUGUCGCUUUUACGCAGCCAUUAAAUUCGCGUUGGAGACAACGGCAAGUGAAGCGUAGCUGCGGGUUAUAAAUGACGAUCUGACCCGCAGUCGUACACGGAUAAGCUGUUUUUGUGAAGGAAAUGCGGUAGAGAGAAGACAGCUUCGGUGCUCAGCCCGCUGACUUGGCGGCUCUGGGUUUGCUGCUCCUGAGGCCUGCGGGUCGGGCUUCCACCGGUCUUGAGUAGAGCCCGACGCCGCCGUCGAGAGGUCGGAGGCCGGCAGUUAGUGCUGUCACCGCUGGGCCUGCGGAUCUAGGUAUGGAACGGAUGGAAGUGGACCAGUGCGCAGGCGCAGCUGGCGGGGCAGGAGGCGGGGCACUUCGUAGAUCGAACAGCGCCCCCAUGAUCACCAGUGUCAGCGAUGGGAUGACGGUCUUCAGUCCCGUGUCCUCAGCUCGAUACAGACGCAGCAGUGUAUCCAUCAACCCCAGCUGCCCUUCCCAGCUCGUUCCUCUCUCUCCGUUCUCCCUGACUGGAGACAGACUCGACCAGAAGAGGCAGGAGGAGAAUAUGGAGAUGAUGCUCAGAGGGAGUCUGCAGAGACUAAGUGCUUCCAGUCUGAUCCCAGUUCCUCCAGUCAGUCAGUGGCACGACCAUGCAUCAGUGUGGUUCCAGUCACAGGACAGCGGCGUCACACCCAACUCCUCACCGAGCCCCACCAGGAGGUUCAGACCAGCAGUCAGCGCCACUGUGAGAUGGCCUGCAUUAACUCCACUCAAGAGGAAAGGAGGGGUGGAGUCUGACGGACCCCCAAAGAAGCUUUUUGUUGCUGGGGUAACAGAUCCUGCCAACCGCAGCAGCUACACAGUCAGUGUCUCUCAGUCAGCAGCAGACUCCCCCCCUGCAGGAGGCAUCAGUCCUCAGUCCAGCCCUCUGUCCCUCUCUCCUCCCCCAUCCUUCACCCCCUUCACCUCCCACCAGCACCCCGGACACUAAAACCCACCCGAAUGCCCUCCUCAUCCAGAAUCAUGACCCUGUUACUGUGGGUGCAGACCAACCACCAGCAGCUCCAGAGACACUUGGAGGAACAUCGCAACUAUUCGCACCUAAUUUCUGUUGCAAUCGUCUGCCAGAAUCACUGUAAGUCCUGACUCCUCCUGGAUGUACAGGAGAAUCACAGGAAGGAAAUGAAGAUCUGAAGGCUGAUACAUAUCUGAAAGUGUAAUUCUUCCGCCUGGUUUUCAAGUGGCUUUAUUGUCACGGCCUGUUUUUGAUCCCAGGAUUUAUUUUAUGUUUUAUUUUUUUUGCUACCCAGAAGCUUAGAUCUUCUUGCCGGCUGUAAUUGGUAGGUUGGAUAUUUAACCAACGCAGCUUAUUAACUGGUCCAUCACUCUUCAGUUAAUCCACCGCCUUGGACUGUGCUUGGGCAGAAGGACUUGCAUUGCUGUCUAACAUUCGUGCUGCCCUUUAGAGGGUUUCACCUAUGAGGUGGGAUGAACCCCAACCCUCCCCCUCCAAUUAAAUAGUUUACAGAGGAUUCGUCAUCAGCAUCGUUGCAAGAUCACUAAAGACUUUUGAGAAACUGACGACAUACAGGUUGUGUCGCCAGGCAUAAAGCUGGAAUCAAACGUCUGUGCUGACUUCAAGAAAAGGGUGUUAUGGAUAACUGUGGGUAGCAGUUGAGCAUCCCCUAGAUCUCAACGUGUCCAAGUGGCUGAUUCUGAUUUGUUACAAAGAGGAAUAACACGUAAUUGUUACAAGUUGUACUGAGUAAAAAGUUAAAAGAAUGAAGCAUACAAAUGUUUCUGAACAACUUCUGUGUAGCCUGGAAACCGUCUCCUUCCAUGGCUGUAAUGAGACAAACGUGUCAAAAUUGUUCGGUGGAUCUCGAAGGAUCAGGGCCUGAAAUGGAACACAGCUCAUUUCGUUGCUUCUUGGAUGGAUAAAAUCUUAAAACUGCCCAUUGGAGGAUGCAGAUCCAGUCUAUUCUGAAGUUCCAGAUCUUCUCUCAUCAGUUUGUGGGAGGUUCUGAAGAAGUUCUCAUAAGGUCUUGAGUUGUCUCUUAAGGCGUCAAGGCACUCUGGUUUGGUUCCACCUUCAGUGAUCCAGUCAACAUCUGGAGUUGUACUUGUUGGAAAUCAAGUAUGUAAACUUAUUGAUCUUUCUAUCAGGAAGAAAUCAUCGGAUUUAUUUAGACCCGGUCUUGAAGUUGAAGUUAGUGUUCAUGACUGAUGGAUCUGUAGAGUAACAUCUGGACUCUGCCAGCACUUAAUCAACUCAGUGAACCAGGAUUACGCACUUAUUGUGCUUCAUAUCGUUUUCAUUAUCAAUUUUAAUAGAGUAUAUAUUUAAAACAUCUGCUAAAGAUUUUUCCAUCUUUAGUCAACAAAACAAACAAAAAAAUUAAAUAUAGAAAAACCUGAAUAUAUAUCUUUCUCCAAACCCAAAAAACAUAUGAAGGGGAUGUAGCUUUUUGUAAGGCCAAAACUGGUAGUUGUUGAGUGUUUUUGUCAGGUAUUUUUGAGCCCAAACCAGCGUAAUCUGACAAACCUUACAUUCAGCCACUGAACAAAGUUUCAGUUAUUGAAGCCUAAGAUUUUUGUGUUUUAACGAAAAGUUUUAGUUGUCUGUGACGGCUGAUUUACCCUGACUGAAGCCCUCUGGUUUCACCAGAAGAAACUUGACAGAAGUCAAUUAUUUGUCAAGUUUGUUUAACUCUGGCCGAUGGUUUCACUGUAGGAGGACUGUUGUCUCCCGGGAUGAGGGACUGGUUUUACAAACUGGCUCCCAGUCAGCAGAAGUGUGAAGAACUUGUGGUCUGCAGCACCACGUCUGUUUGUUAAUAGUGUAUCUAUAUGUGAAUAUUGACAGUCAGAGCAUCUGAUAUGUGCUCAUUUUUCUUCAGCCUGCAGUGUUUGAUUGUACAUAUUAAAUCUGCAGGAAGUAAUCGCUCCCUUCCCUCCUAGAGGUGCAUUUAUUCUUUCACUUUUUCAUUUCCCAGUUAGUUUUCUCUCUGACCGGCAUUCUUUUCUACUUCAGCCUUGUUGUUCAUUAAGGUCAUCUGAUUAGUUAAAGGCAAUUCAUUCAUCCCCUCUGACAUAUCUGUUAUACUUGUUUUGAAAAAGAUUUUCAGACAUAUGUCAACAGUUGAUUUUUAUUUAUUUUUUUAAGAUCAGGACCAAUCUCGGUUUUUGUGUUACCAUCUCUGUGUUUUUUUUUCAGUAAAUGGUCAGUUCAGUCAGUGGAGAGACAGAUGUCUUAUGCUGAAAGGUUUAUUGAAGCUUGGCCAAGGAGACGGGGGGAUUUAUAAAUACACUUGUCAUGACAUAAUGGCACAUCAAUCCUGAAAACGCUGUUCUAUACCCUCAGAAAAGUGCCACUCUAUGUCCACAAACAGUCAUUAGUCUAAAACAAGGAAAUAUAUUUAGUGCUCCAACAUUGUUAUUCGACUGUAGAGGAUACUGCGUUAUUUACCUCUGUUGUGUCAAGACAGCCCUAUCCUCUGACCUCAGUUACCACAGUAAUAAUCAGAUUUUUGCCUGCUUUCCUAAACAUACAGCUGCUCUGUAUCUCAAGAAGAGAAGUCAGCGUCCCCAGUGUCAAUCAAAAAAGACUGAACAUUAUCCCUAAAGUGACCCCCGAAUUGUGGCAUGCUAGAAUAGAAAAAUUCCCUCACACUGUGGUUUCUUUUCUUCUUCUUUUUUUUUGCACUUCAAAUAAAUCCCCCUAGAGUCUACUGAGUAUAGUCAAUGGUAAUCCCCAGGCUAGGCAAUAAUUCAAAAUGAUCAUUUGAUUGCACAGUAUUGUACAGUUUUGUAUUAUCACUCAUCAUCGUGCCUAAAUGUAUCGUCAUAUUUUGAAGGAGCGACGGUCAGGUUGUUAACCUCACGUAUAGAUUUUAAACAUCAGAUCUGAGAUUUUACUUCCCACACCAACAGGAAUCUUUUUUAUAGAACAACCUGGACUUUUAUCAUCACUUGACCUGUCACCUGUGAAAUAUGUUUGUACAGAGUCUCUAUAAGCUGUUUUUAUAUAUAAGUGUCUUUAUGCCCCUCUCCCCCCAAAAAAAAACAUGAAUCGAUGUGAAUCGGCGAGUGUUCGCCACUGCUUAUGUAGCUGCUCCAACACUGCUGAAUCCAUAAGAAAUAUCUUUUCUGAAAUUUUUAUGACAUAUUUUCCAUUGUCAUGACUUUGCACAAUUCUAGUUCUAGACCAUUUUUUUUCUGAUUUCUGUUACAUGAUCAGUAACAUAUCAUCAUGUUAAGAAAUGCUGUUUCAGUUUCGCUGCUUUUUCUGUUUCUCCUGCUUUUAUUCUUGACUUGUUACCGUCUCUGUGAGUCUAUCCUGUUUCGGACAAAAGCACUUGAAGUCAAAAAUAAGUUUGGGUCCGUUGUUGUUCAGAACCUCGGACUUGGUUUCUUACAGGGGAUGAUGAAAAUCUAGCUUUAAAGCAUCCAAGAACAAUGUUAAUCUCACUCUGAGGAUGGAAAAAAAGUUAGUUGUUUAAAAAAAAAAGAAGCCAAAGUUGUCAAAAGGUAAAUUAUUGAAAGAAUUAUGAGAAAUACAGUGUAAAACUGACCAAAUUUGGAUUUCAGGCACUACCUGGUGAAAGAAAUCUGUUCACAUUUUUGCACUUUCGCUUCCUUCAGAAAUUAUUAUUUUUUUAAUGGAUUUUUAGUUAACAUAGAUGUGCAGUUAGUUUAUAACCUAAUGUUAGCUUUUUGGGGGAGUGUUUAAGAAAAAAAAAAUGGCAUUAAUUUAUGAAGAAACCUUUGUUUGCCACAGAUCUCAUUUUCAGCAAUCGUCAAAAAACCAACAAAAAAAUCCCAUUGGCUUUUUAUUAUACUCAAUGUUGCGGACACACUCCGUAAUGAGCUUCUAUAUCUCCGAACAGGUUUAAUGCCUGCAAAUUUUUGGAAACACUUACAACUCAGAAAUAGUUCUUAUGUAUUUUUUGUACUGUAAUAUACGGUAAAAGUCCAGUCAGGGGUUACGUUUUUUAUAAACUGCAAAACAUUCAUGGUGAGAUUCAACCCUGCAUUUAGGCAAUCUCUAUAUUUCAGAGCAUGUUUUUCCUAAAUUACAGAUAAUUCGAACUGGCGAGAAGCAGGAUAGACUAUUCUCAGAGGUAACAACAAGCUGCCAAAUUCAUAUAGCUGUACAGAUGCAAACUGUAGCUUUAAGACAAUGUUCUGUUUAUUCUUUUCUUUAACUUUGCACACUCACCAUCCCAUACUAUUGGUAAGUAUGAAGAGAGAGAAACAGUUUUUAAAAAGCUGGAUCAAAAUGUGACGUGGACUCUGUAGAUAAACGUCAGCAGUUUCUGCUUCAAAGAAUGUUUUUAAGCCAAAAAUUCUUCAUCAAAAUGCAACAGUUUUGUAGGAAAACUCUUACAAUAUCUGUGAUAUAAGAAGAACAGUAUUCAUUAGUUUUGUCUCAUUCUCCUCACAUGUAUGUCUUCUUUGGAUCUCCUUCUCUUGGUUUUCUUUUCCUAAAUGUGUUAAAAGUGUCCUGUCGUGCCGCAGAAGUGUCUCAGGGCUUAAGUCAUUAUUUUUAUCUUUUUAAUUUAAUGUACAUUUCCAGUGUGAUUGUACAUUCUUCCUUCCACGUAUGUUUACAUGUUUGGAUGUUACCAUGCUCACGGUACUCUGCAUUCAAAUCGCUGAAGUUUUUAUUGAAAAUUGAAUUUCAGUCAAAACUCCAAUGAUUACAAUCUUCUUACAUUUUUAACGAUAGGCGUGUUACAUACAGGUAAAGGUGUUGUGUACAGCUGAGGUUUGACAGCGUAGAGUCGUUCCAAAAUGAGAAAAUUCCCUUUUUAUUUAAGGGAUAACUACAGCCCGAUGGAUACGAUAUCAACAUGUGAAAACUUGAACAUGUGGUUUCUUAAAGAAUUGUGAUACAUACUAAACAUGUAUGUAACAGAGACACUGUUUUAAAUGACCACCUACAUUAAUUUGACAAUAUAAAAAUUAAAGCCCUCUUACUUUUUGCUGGAAAAGUUUGCUCUAGUCUCACAGCUGUAACCGAAAUUAGUAUUUGAAUUAACAUUGAUGCUCUACUCUGUAUUGCAGUUUCAGCCGACAGACUCUUCUGUCUGUAAACUGAAUAUCUAAUUAUAAUAUGAAAUUUUGGGGUUUUAUAGAUGAUAUUAUUAGUUGCAGGUUUAAGUAAAAUCAGAUGAUAUCUGUAUCCAUCAGGUUUUUGUAACAGCAUGGCUUGUCACAGUCACACUGCAAUUGUCUUUAAUUGUAUGUUUUAAUUGAUUUUGGCCCUGGUGACACUCUUCAGAUGUCAUAUUUUCAAGGUAUUUUCAGUGCCCUGCUUUAUUUUUAGGCUCUUUGUUCUUCCUAAAAAACACGUACAUUUAAGAUUGUUCAAGUUAAAGCUUUGUGUUCUGGACAUUCUCAAGUUUUAUUAUAAACUUUUUGUAUAAAUGCCAGUUCUACUUUAGUCCAGGAAAACGUUAUUGAACUGAUGCUGAGGCGAGUACCGUUCUUUCUCUUUUGUGUUUUUCUGUCCGUCUUCACUGGGACAGACGUUUGAGCAUGUAGCAAGUUACCAGUCAACAUUUUUCAGUAUUAAAGCGAUAUUUCACUCUGGCAAAAUGCGGCAAUUUCUCAGCACCCAAACUGACCCUUCCUGUGACCCGUAGUUCCCACACAUCACGUUUUUAGUUUUGACCAGACUGAACAGAGAGGCCAAUGACAAAAUAUAAGUAAUCUCAACUCAAAGUCCAGUUUGUAGCUAUUUCUGGAGCUUUCAAUUGUGAAUUGUGGUGUUCUCUCAGUUGCCAUGGAGAUAUGCCCUGUGAUCAUGUGACUGGUCACAUAGUUACAGGUGGUUAAAAAAAAGGGGGGGAAGAUGAUAAUCCUCGACUAUGGCCUGAACAUAAUUACAUACUUAGGUAAAUUGAUGACAAUGAAGACCAUGAGAUAUGUUCGAAAGCUUGAAAAUUUGGCUUUUAAGUAAAGAUUUAUUCUGUCUAACUAUUUAUUUCCAAGGACAAAAAUUAACUUGGAACGCUCAAAAACAUUUUACGAUACAAUAAAAAUUUCUUUACCAUGUGAAUGAGUUCAGUUUUAUCUUCUUUUUUUUAAAUAACAAAAGUUAAGAUUGUUAUUAUUAUUUUUUUUCAUUAGAACAGAUUUAUUACUAAGAAAAAGAAAAGAAAAAAAACUUCUGGUACGUUUUUUUGUGAUCAUGAAAAAACAAAACAAAAAUCCUAUAAACAUACAUGGCCUCUCUGUUGCUACUGUUUUUAGUUUUAAACAAAACUCUUAAGAUAAUUUUUUAUUCAUAAUGCUCUUAAAAAGCAAAACAACAAACUUUGUUUCUGUUUUCAUUUCCUGUUUAAAUACUUUAAGCACUUUAAAUUUACAUGUUUGUGACGCAAAAAACAAUAAUGUUGAUGUUUAACCUUAAAACCGACACCAGCAACAUUGUUUUUGGGUCAAAGAUUGUUGAAAAAGUGCUGAAAAAUGACAGUGAUCAGCCAGAGUGAGGUACGACUUUAAAAAGGGCCGCUAAAGUUUUAUUGGCGAUGGGGAAAAAAAGGGAACUAAAAGCACAUCUAUAGAAACAUUCACACAAGUAUUUUCAAACUGUAAAUAUUUUUUUUCCCUUUCUUUUGGACAAAUUCUCUACAUAAGACAAAUGAGAUGAUGUAUUUUUAUGCAACUGUAAAAUAAAAGUCUAUAUUCAAGUGUUCAUUCCCUUCUGAUGAUCUCAUGGCUGUAGAAAUGACGCAGAAUGACUUUCUAGUUUUUAGUGGAAACAAUUCAUCUACAAGCUAUAAAUACAUAUUAUAUUGUAUAUGAAAACUAUCAAUAAAAGAGUCUGUAUCAUA